AUGACUUCUGGUCCCACCCAAGAAGAAGAUGACGAAGAUUCCAUUUACUCGAGCGAAUCUAUCCAAAGCCCCCAUCCCGUCCAUCCGCCGGAAACCAUGCUAGACCCAAGUCUACCCCAAACAAUACUCCUCGACAAAAGCCUGGACGAAGACGACAUGCACUAUUUCCGCGAAAACAUACAGGAUUCAGAGGAAGGUUCUAAAUUUGGUUCCGUCACCGUACUGUCCUCAGACGAAGAAAGUGGGCCGCACACGAACCACGUGCAAAGAAACACAGGCCCAGGCAUACCUUCCCCUCCCCGAUAUCCCUCCGCUUCAGACUUCGUCGAUGAUGAAGGGAUAGAUCUAGGGGGGCUCAAUGGCGAAGAUUCCCUUGCACACCAUUUGGAAAACCGACUUGACAUUGAAUCCGGAUCACAAGAACCCCAACCUCCAUCUAAAACCAUGAGCCUCCAACAAAUUGAUGAGCAGGAUGAUAUGUUUGAUUCCGACGAGGAAAGAAUUGAUGUCGAGUCACUAGAGUCUUCUAGUGAGUCAAGUCGAUCUGCUGAUGGUCAAGUAGACUUGCGGCACAGGGAAUCGCGGUUGCCCGCAUGCAAAAUGGACGGAGCGUUGCCGGAAAAUGUCAAUGUGAAGACUACCACUUUACCCACGUCGCGUAGUGAAAAGCAAUCGGUAAUUAAUGGCGGUGGUGGUGCCUACUCUUUACUAACGCGUGCCAGUCAGACAUUCUACCGAGCUUUCAAAAAGUCGUCCAAGAAGACAGCUCCUGUCGCCGUACUGAAUGGCUCGUCAGGACAUAGUGGUUCGAAAGAGGCAAUGGAAGAGUGCUUACAAGUGAAUGAUGAUGAGAGCCUGCGGCAUGAGCGAAUCAUACAGUUACUGGAAGCCCAAAUCGCGACCUUGAACGGGGCUCGAACUGGAUUUGUCGAUCUGCGGCUGUUGAAGCCGAUGACAGAGAAGACGAUAGAAGCAAUCGAGAGAGAUGGAAAGCUUCUCUUAGAGGAUUACGGUGACAUGGAAAAGCGAUGCCGUAAAUUGAAACAGAAGCGAGUUGAAGCGGAGGAAGAAGGAGAAGCUGAGCUGAAGGUGAAGGAGAAAAUGUUAAUUAACGCAAAAAUGCGCCUUGCAGAAGCGCACGCCGAAGUUGACGGUUUGCGACAUGAGCUGCGAAUUGCGCAGCGCUCCCUGGAGACUCCGGAACGCCAAAAGGCGUGGAAGAGAGAGGAAAGAAAUAAUAGAAGAGAAGUAGCUGAUGAAGACGUAGUUGCCAUGAGAAAACAGCGCAAGGCUGCUGAAGCACAAGCAGAUGAACAAAAGUUGCUGUUGCAAGCCGAGACGACCGAGUUAGAGCGAUUAGAGAAGCGUUAUCGGGAUUUUGAGGGAGAUUGGGCCUGACCAUGCGACCUGAUUGUUAAGGAGCCCGGCUCGCUCAUCAAAUGGCGAUAUCAGCAAAAACAGAGCGCCAGCACUCGGCUGCAAUAAGAGUCCAUAACACCAUUGGAUCAAUGGCAGUGCAUUGUCAACGAGCCACAACCCAAGCUAUUUCAAAGUCGGACUUGACUUUGUUGACCUCUUAUUUCUCAAAUGCAGUUUACGGUCGGCCGCAGUCCGUGCCUGCGCAUGUCACCGACGGCAUUUUGGCGCAUUCAAUUGUUCUAUUCUGCGUGUACAGGAGGGAAUCAUCCGCAACUCGGACUCAUAUGAAUAUGCGCUUUUCUCGCCAAGGAAAGAGGUUUCGUGCAGAAAUGAUCGAGGUAUCCAUUGCCUAGACGAGGGCCAAGGAUCCGACGCUCAUUGUAUUCAGGUACGAUGCUCAUCCAAUGCCAAGCGAAAAGAGACCAUUCCAUUGAAAGUCACUGAUGUUGAGGACGCGAGAGUGUGAAUGUGUAAGGAGGUAAGGACGUUAGCGUCUUCUUCUGCUGAUUUCUAUCGAGGUCCACACCGGGACAGAGUGCCACUUCAUGGUUUGUCCUGAUCUCUAAAGCGUGUACUCGAAUGGAAGGAGUACACUUUCAGUUCUUAACCGUGUCGAGGCAAGGACUCCUCGCGGACGUUACAGAAGUCAUCAUCGCAAAGGACAUAUCUGUUCAAAUUUGGGGGGUUUCGCCUCAUCUCGAGUCCAGGAGCCUUCAAUAAGAUGCCUGUUACUCUGUGCGUCAACAACAACGAAAACUUUCUACCUGACGUUUUUGCUUUUGAAACGUUUUAAGGCAACAAAAGCUGCCAUUUGAAUGGUUCUCACGGAUCCAUGAAUGCGUCUUCGGAAAAAUGCACUCGGACGGGUGGACAUAGUUGCUCAUGCAUCAGAAGCAGAAGUAAGGAAUUCUCGCCGGCAUUCAGACGGACCAUCUGCCGUCACAAGUUCCACCUUUUACGAGCUGUGUCAGUUGAACGUCCGAGGAUCGGCCGGGUCGCGGCCAACGACAAGUUGCAAGCGUAACCAUGUCAACAGCAAGGCGUUGAUGCAGUUCUUAUGGGGUAAAUGUCACCUCAGCUGCAUGUCACCCUAAGCUUGAGAGCCUCAGAGUGUUCGUUUAGUGCGAAAGAACAACCGUAUUGACUAGGAAUACAACGAAGGCCUACCAAUAUUUACAUAUUGCGUUUAUUGCUAUGCAAGUAUGGUUUUGAGUUUGAUUUGAAGGAAAGGCCGAUGUUGUUUGCCAUUUUUAUCUGGCUCGCUUAGACAAUCAUGGGCCCGACUGUGGCAGUCCAUCAUGAACGAGGUGUCAGUGAGGUGUCAGUAAGAUAAUGUGUUCUGAGAAUAUACACACUGCACCUUUCAGUAGCUCGCUUUCAUGAUGCACUGCGUGACUCAUGCACCUGCAGAGCUUCUCAGAGAUUCUGAACUUUUCGCAGCCUCAUCUUGAAUAUUAUCCAAGCGUGGUUUCCGUCGUUUAUCACUUUGAGAAUUGUACCCUGCCUUGUUCCAUUUUGGGUAGAAAUGUUGGAUGGAAAGUAGCUGUUGUCCAUUACUGAGAGGUGACGAAGCUUUACUAAAUCUGAAUACGGUAAUACGCAAGUCGUUGAGAUUGAAAUUGCUGAUAUCAAUGACACAUGAAGCAGUGAUGCAAUCAGUGAAUUCACAGAAAGAGCAUUAGAUAGGCUUCGUGGGCUCGAAUAUAUACAUAUAUACUGGCGAAGUACUAUUUUGUGCUGCACUAAAGUUUUGUGAUUUCCAGAGCUGUCCGUUCUGAGGGGAAAUCAAUUCGGC